UUACUUUAUAUAAUAAUUAAAGAGUAGUUAAAAAUGGGUAGAAAAACAAAUACAAAAGGUAAAGAAAAACGUUUACAACGAAAAGAAGAACAAUUGAAAUUGAUAGCUGCAAAGAUAGUUGUUGAUAAUGCAAAUAAAUUAGAAGAUCCCUUACAACCAUUUCCAGUAUUUCGUAAAUUUAGUAAAAACAAUGUUGAAGUUGAAUUAAGUGUAUCGAAAGUUGCAAAUUUACAUGCUGAUGUUAUCGAUUGGAUUUUUAAUUUAACUAAGAAAAAUAUGUUUGAAAAGUAUAAAUCCUGUUCGUGGGGAUGGAAUGAUGUAAAAAAACGAGAAGAAUUGACUGAAGAAUCUGCAUGGUAUUUAUUGGCAAAAUCAAAUAACGAAUACGUUGGAUUUUCCCACUUUCGUUUUGACUUAGAUUAUGGCGACGAAGUUUUAUAUUGCUAUGAAUUACAAUUAGAAAAAAAAGUUCAUAGAAAAGGAUUGGGAAAAUUCAUGAUGCAAGUUUUAGAAUUAAUAGCGUUCAAAAAUAACAUGAAAAAAGUAGUUUUGACCGUACUUAAAAACUGCCCUGAGGCUAAAUCAUUUUACGCUGCACUCAAGUAUAAUAUGGAUGAAACAUCUCCAACGAACGAUUAUGAAACCGAAUAUCCCUAUGAAAUUCUUUCAAAAUAUAACAAACGUCUUGUAAGUGAACCACCAAAUGCACAUUUACAAAAGUCGGUACCACAAACGCCAUCAAUUUCAUCACUUAUGAUGAAUAAUCAUUGUUGUUCAUCGCCUCAUUGUCAUUAAUUGUGCUCGAUAAAAAAGGAUUUUAAGAAUUUUUUUUGUCAAUAAUUUUUCAUUUCAUUUAAUAUUUAGAUGUUUCGUUAAGAUUAUUUUAUUAAUAACUAGUUUGACGUAUCAUGUAGUUUAAAGAUAAUCCAAAUUGAAUUUUAGAUGUUCUGAUAAAAGUACAAUUGAGUAAUCGUGAAUUUAGAGUCUCAGGGGGAAAAACAAUCAAAGUUUUUUAGGCGUAGGUCCAUAGCCCUUGAAGACUAGAUUAAAAAUUUCAAUUAUCACAUAACUCAUUUUUUUUACAAGAAAAUUUUUAUGAAUAAAAUGUAAAAACAGAAAUUAAAAAAAUAUUUAACAUCUAAUAAAUUCUAAAGUUCAAUUUAGAUUACCUUUUACAUUCGUUUUUAAAUUUUGUGUAUGCUUAAAGCUACCGUACACUGCAUAUUACUUUACCGUAGCGCAAGCAUGGACUAAAAAUCAAAAAAUUAUUUAAAAAAAUUGGACGACUAUUGUCGGAUAAAAAGUAUGCAGUUAUUUUCUUAAUAUUUUUCAGUAUUUUAUGUAAAAAGAAAUCAUUUUACUUAAAAAAAAAGCCCAGUAUAAACGGUACAUAUUGGUGUAAUUUUCGAAUUACUCUUUCAACUCCUGACUAUAUAGAGGUGAUUUAAAAUAACUAUUCCUAACUUUCAUAAGUGAUAGAUUUUAUUGAAAAUUUAAAAGAAAAA